GAUAGAUAUGGGAAAAUCUUUACAAGCACAUCGAUUCUUCAUGCCUGAGCGAAGGCCUGAAUUCGAGCAUGAAAAGAUUGGUGCCAAGAAGCUGUCUACCAUCCAGCUUUAGCUUGAGGAACCUAUGUGUACAGAAGGAUGUUUCCCACAGGCAGAAGCUCGACUGUCAGCCAGUUGUGCAAAUCGAGCAUCGUCGAAAGAUGAACUCUUGAAAUUGGCAAGAAAAUGCCAAAACCAAAGAGUGCAGACUCAGUUGAGGACAUGCAGACAGCUGUUGCAGUGGAUGGUUGACUCACUGAUUCUGCAGUUUAGUGCGGACCGAAGGCUGAAUUUACAACAUCUAGCAUGAAAAGAUUGGCACACAGAACUGUCUACUCUGCAGCUGUAGCUUGAGGGACCUACAUGCACAGAAGGUUGUUUUCUACAGGCAGAAACUUUACCGUCAGCCAGCUGUACAAAUCGAGAUUCCCAGAAGAUAAGCUUCUGAAAUUGGCGAGAACUUGCCCAAAGCAGAAGGUGCAGACUCAGUUGAGGACAUGCAGACAGCUGUUACAGCGUAUAUAUAUAUAGUUGACUCACUGAUUCUGCAGUUUAGUGCGGACCGGAGGCUGAAUUUACAAAAUCUAGCAUGAAAAGAUUGGUACACAGAACUGUCUACUCUGCAGCCGUAGCUUCAGGGACCUACGUGCACAGAAGGAUGUUUUCCACAGGCAGAAGCUUCACUUCAAAUUGGGUGGAUAUUUUGUGUGAAAGCCUGGCCACAAAGAUCCCUGGCACCACAGCUAUUCGCCCUCGAAGCCACGACCCAUCAGCUAGCUGUACAAAUGGAGAUUUCUAGAAGAUAAGCUUUUGAAAUUGGCAAAAAAUGAUCAAAACCAAAGAUUGCAGACUCAGUUCAGGCCAAAUGUCUUGCGGGAAAUGCCAGGAGAGCCAUUCAGCAACUGUCUACUGUGCAGCUGUCUACUGUGCAGCUGCAGCUCAAGCAACCUUUGGGCACAGAAAGAUGUUUCCCACAGGCGGACGCUUGACUGUCAGCCAGCUGUAUAAAUCGAGAUUCCCAGAAGAUAAGCUUUUGAAAUUGGCGAGAACUUGUCAAAACCAAAGAGUGCAGACUCAGUUCAGGCCAAAUAUCCUAAGGCCGAAUUUGCAACAUCUAGCAUGAAAAGAUUGGUACACAGAACUGUCUACUAUGCAGCCGUAUCUUAAGCAACCUACGUGCACAGAAGAAGGAUGUUUUCCACAGGCAGAAGCUUCACUUCAAAUUGGGCGGAUAUUUUGUGUGAAAGCCUGGCCACAAAGAUCCCUGGCACCACAGCUAUUCGCCCUCGAAGCCACGACCCAUCAGCUAGCUGUACAAAUGGAGAUUUCUAGAAGAUAAGCUUUUGAAAUUGGCGAGAACUUGCCCAAAGCAGAAGGUGCAGACUCAGUUGAGGACAUGCAGACAGCUGUUGCAGUGGAUGAUUGACUCAUUGAUUCAUCAGUUCUGCGCUGGCCGAAGGCUGACAUUCCAACACCUACUAUGAAAAGAUUGGUGCAAAGCAGCUGUCUACUGUGCAGCUGCAGCUUAAGCAACCUUUGGGCACAGAAAGAUGUUUCCCACAGGCGGACGCUUAACUGUCAGCCAGCUGUAUAAAUCGAGAUUCCCAGAAGAUAAGCUUUUGAAAUUGGCGAGAACUUGUCAAAACCAAAGAGUGCAGACUCAGUUCAGGCCAAAUGUCUUGCGGGAAAUGCCAGGAGAGCCAUUCAGCAACUGUUUGCCGCAGUAUUUUGUACAGAAUUUGGACAACGAUGUGCAUGUCUGCAUGUCUUAAUGCUUAAUUAUAGCUUGAACGUUUUCAGGGUGCCUGUAGAGAGGAACAUUUGAUGCCAAAAGCACGUUGCCAGGGUUUGGCGCAGGCCUAACAGGUUCCAAGACGUGAUGGUCUAAGGCCUCACACGGUGUGACAGCCGUGACAGCUUAACCACCAACCAUGGGUGUGGCAGGUUGGGCGUCGGCUUUGGUCCCCACCGUCACCCACUAAAGGCUCAAACCUUUCACCCUGUGUGUACAAUGAGGGCCGCCAAGCCUUCCACUGUAGAGACCUGUGAUUGCUCUGUUCUUACCAUCCCGCAGACCUGAAGGGGCCACAAUUGAGACGCUGCGGCAGCAUUGAGAGAUAGUGACAGAUGGAAGGAGCAGAGCCAGCUCACCAGAGGUCCCUGUUUCCCGAGUCUGACACGUUCUUUGCUGUUUGAGGCCCAUCCUGAAGAACCGAUGCAUGGCAUACAGUUUUGGCAUGUCAUCUCAACCAGCUCCCUGGCUUGCACCGUUGUGGUUGCAAGAUCUCUGACCAGUUAGUUGGAUCGCCUUCCACUCGAAUCGUGAUAUGAUCUCCAGCUAUUCUCAUGGCAUGAGACAGAUGAACAAGUUUACGUCAACCUGGAUGGAGCCUAAAGUGAUCCGCAGUAUCUCGGAUGCUGCUUUAAGCAUGGCAAGCUCUGCGUUGUCCAGCAUCGGCGGGAGUUGCCACACCAAAGGAAAGCAUGCUCAAGUUGACCCAUAUUUUGAUAUCCCGAUACGAUUGCUGCCUCGUUUCAUCACGGUAAGGAAGGAAAUCCGCGCAGUUUCUGAUGAAAACUCCGCUCUCCAGAGAGCUAAGCCAGCUAAGCCAGCAAAGCCAGCUAAGCCCAAGUCUUGUUUCUACCACUUGGAGAGGAAGGACUGAAGCUCGGCGAAUGGGAUAUCUUUCCUCGGCUCUCCCAUUUAUCCUCAGCCAAAGGCGAGAGGAAGUGUAAAAAGAAGACGAGAUCUUUGCCAUGCAGCAGGAAGUCCGUGUGUGCGCAAGCCAUCCAUUGCAAAGCGGGCCUUUCUGCUCCUGAGAUUGAAGAGUUCAACACGUAGCACGAGUAGCAAUGCCGACAGUAUGAUGAGGCUCUUCAGAAUUCGCAGCAGCUGAUGCUUCAUGCUCGCUGAGUCGUGCGGGACAGACAGCUUGCGAUUGUUGCUGUCAAUCUUCAGAAGGAAAGGAUCAUGCCGUUGCAAGCCUUCAUUGAGUCCGCCAGGACUGGUUUGGGUCCACCUUCUGCUGCAGAUCGCCUGGAGGAAUUUUCGCAUGGUAGGAUGACCAAGAUCUGUGAUGUGAAGCUGGCGCGUGGAGCCGUUCAGAGGCUCUUCCAGCCCUUGAGAGAACAAGUUACUAUGUUGAAGAGACACCACAGCAAUAUCUCCGAGGUGGAUUGAGCAGCUUUCAAUGAGGAGAAGAUCUUGCCUCUGCAGAACCAGAACUUGGCGAUUGGAUUCUUCAUCGACCACGUUGUGAUGCGCGUGAUGUGUUUGGUCGAGCUGCGUAGGAACAAAUUGAUCGGCCCUGCAGUGUCUGAAAAAACGUUUUUUUUUUUCGUCGAUGGUGCGGUGG